AUGUCGGUUCCUCAGUUAACUCGCGAUCUCGAAGCUCCUCUGCAAGGCCCGGUGGACGAUGCUGACAGGCUUGCGGAGUGGCCAGAGCUGGUAGGGUUGGAGGAUCUGCUGCUGGACAACGGUCAGUUGCCAUCGCAUCGUGCGGAUCGUCCGUGUCCGCAAGAACUUCACAUAUUUCCCGAAGAUGUCUCGCAGGAGCUGCUACAGAUCAUCAACCAGCCGUUGGAGACGGAUCGGCCUUCAAAGGGUUCUUUAGGCUCACACCGCGAGAACGAUGGCGGACGGUCACCUCCGCCGUCAUCAUCGUAUCCUCAUGGUACUACGCCGGCUCGGACACAGGCACCUGCGGUAAAGGAUCACGCUCGAGACAUGCCCCCAGAGCAGUGUCUAUCGCCUGAAUCUACUUCGCCAGGCCCAUCGUUUGGUCGUAUGGGCGUCAAAACAUCGAAAGAGACGAAGAACCUCAAGCUUCGACUGAUGGAGCGCAAUAGCUUUCGGGAAUGCGCAAGUUGCUUUGUUGAACUCCUGGACAAGAAUCUGGUUCCUUUGGGAUGUUUACACAAGUACUGUCUAGCAUGCUUCUCCGGCAUGAUAGAAACAGCCAUGAAGAACGAGAGCAAGUUCCCUCCCAAAUGCUGCCUCGAAGACAUCCCUACGAAGUUAAUCCUACACAACGUCGACGCUGUACUUCGGGAAGAAUAUAAGUUAAAGGUACAGGAGUACGCCAUCCCGCGAACAAGCCGGUGGUACUGCCCUUCGCCGAACUGCGGGAAAUGGAUACCUCCAAAGAAAAUAAAGCUGGAUGAUUCCACUCAGAAAUGUCCGAUAUGCAAGCAGUCGAUAUGUACCGCCUGCCAAAGAGCAGCACACCAAAGCCACGAACAUUGUCCACAGGCCCCUUACCCCGAAAGAAUAGAUAGUAUUGCGUCUAAUGGCUGGAGACGCUGUUACAAGUGCCAGGCGAUGGUAGACCUGACAGCUGACGCUGGUUGCUACUGCGGCGCUAGGGGUGGUACAUGUGGCUGCGCCCACUCGGGCCAACAUGGAGCAAAACCCAGAGCGGACUCUGAGACAAUACACAGUGAAAGGGCCCGACUCGCCGCAAUUAUUGCGGAAAAUGAGCGCACUGAACGACGAGAAGUCGAAGAGCGAAUGCGAAAGGAGAACGCCCAAAAGCUUCAGGACGAGGAAGGACAAAGGAGACAAGAUGAAGGGCGACGCCGAGUGCAGCACGACAAAGAAAUAAAGCGCCUAAUAUCUAUAGCCAACCAAAUCCAGAGGCUGCAAGGAGAGCUGGCUAAGAUAAACAAGAUUCAACAGUCUAUGAUCAUCAAUAGACAUCAGGAUAGCGCCCAGCGGAUCCAGCUUGCUGCCGCUUCAAAACAGGUAGACUUUGACCAGAUGCGAGUAAAACUCGAAAAGGCCUACGAAUCGAACUUCAAGCUUCGCAAAAGAGCCUUGGAGGCUGAACAGUCCGCCAGAAGUCUCGAGCUCCUUACUCGACAGGAAGAGGAUGAAGAUGACAAUUUUGUCCAGAUGCAACGACAUUUGAAGGGUAAGCCUAACCGGGAAGAACGCGAAAAGGUGAUACUAGACAAAUUAAACGCUUCACAUAAGCGGGAGCAAGACACACUGGAUAAAACCCACAAGGACCAAAUUGGUGAACUGGAAUAUCACGGCAGCUUGGAGUCUUCAGCACUUCAAAGCGGCAUCAUGAAGAAGCUGGGGGAUUUACAACGCGAAACAAACUAUACCCUCUACGAGCUAAGUUCUACGGUAAUUUCGGACCGCCGCUGGUUCAAAAUCGCCAUUGAGAAACGAUACGGUCUCCUCGAAGAGCAUCGGAUGGUUCUGAUCAAUGGCCCCGAUGCCGUCAAGGAUACAGCAACUUCUAGUAGAUACUCGUCCGCGAACAACUCCAGCCAUUCAGGCACGACACAAUCAUUUACAAGCGGCAGAGAAACGCCCCAGUCGCCCCUAUCACCACCCCCAAUUCUGACUGAGUUUGGAUAUAAACGCUCUGGCUCCGAUGCCCUUAAGACCAGCGGUGGUGUAUCUCCAAGGAGCCCAUCGUUAGGUAUGCCGAAGAAUGGACUAAGACAUAUGUCGAGCCAGUCGCAGCUUGUGUAUCGAUGA